GUCCGUUAAAACCGAAAAAACCGGAGGGGGGGGACGCUGCUGUCCGCCGCUGGAGCUGCACUGCAACGCAUCUGCGCAGCACACAGACACGAAGAAGCCUGAAAAAGAAAAACCGUCGCAUCAGUGUUUAUGAAAAUGCCGUUUUCCGUUAACGGCAUCCUUUGCACGCUCGCGCUGCUGGUCCUGUGGCGGGCGGAGGAGCUCGCGGAAGCUUGCAGCUGCGCUCCGGUACAUCCGCAACAGGCUUUCUGCAACGCCGAUGUAGUGAUUCGAGCAAAGGUGGUGGGAGAGAGAGAGGUGGAUUCUGGGAAUGAUAUCUACGGGAACCCAAUCAAGAGGAUCCAGUACGAGGUCAAACAGAUCAAGAUGUUCAAGGGGCCUAACGAGGACAUCGAGGCUGUCUUCACUGCUCCUGUGUCCGCCGUCUGUGGUGUUACCCUGGAUGCCAACGGCAAGAAGGAGUAUUUGAUCUCAGGCAAGGCCGAGGCCGGCAGGCGCAUGCAUGUGACCCUGUGUGAUUACAUCAUGCCCUGGGACACCUUGAGCAACACCCAGAAGAAGGGCCUGAGCCAGCGCUACCAGAUGGGCUGUGAAUGCAAGAUUGUGCGCUGUCCCUCUUUGCCCUGCGAGAUCUCAGCUCCUGAGGAGUGUCUGUGGACGGACCUGAUGAUGGAGAAGCAGAUGUACGGACGCCAGGCCAACCACUACGCCUGCAUCAAGAGGGCGGACGGCUCCUGCUCCUGGUACCGCGGCGUCUCAUCGCCCAAGAAGGAGUUCCUGGACGCCGACGACCCUUAAGUCGCGCGGCUCGCCUGACUGCCCACUGCACAGCCUGGCUGGAAAACAAAUGUAAACGAUUCCAUUGAAAUUUAAGUGAUUUUUUUGAUAUAAAAAAGCAAAGUUAAUGUGACUUAAAUUACCUGCUGGUCUGAAAACAAUCUUCAGCCUCUCUUCGUGUCUGUUGUCCGUUCGUAUUUCAGUGAAAGAGAGCAACAAACUCAGUGUGCUCAACUUUGACUGAAGAGGCUCGGAGGUUGUUCUCAGACUCUAAAAAAAACCAAAAAAGCAUCAUGAGACAUAGACUGGUCAAGUGAUGACGUAACUUCCUCCUGAGGCUGGCGUCAGGAGGAUAUUAAUUCUCGGUGAGACAGAGCACUUCCUGCCCCACAAAGCGCUUUAACAGCUCUGCUCUCCGCCAAUCAACCCCGGACGAUCAUUCGUUACCCAUCGUGUGUUUCUACUUUUAUUACCUCAUUCUCCAUUUUUAUUCCAAAGCCAAAUUCCAAGUUGCCUUUUUUUAAAAUGAUUGUCUCGCUCUCUUCGAACUCUACAGAGAAUAGGAUCGUGAUGUCAGCGGUAGGGAGUAGCGCUAAGCAUUGUGGGACUUCUGGAUACAGAAGCUACUGUAGAGACCGAGAACAAUAGAUGAUACGGUUGAGAUUAUCCAAUAUGGAAACUUCUGAACUCUGAAAAUCUGCAGCUCCUGCAGCCAUCCUUUUGUAAAUUGAAUAUGUAGAGAAAUUUGUAAUUUUUACUGCUCGAAAGUGUAACCGCUCACUCCACGAACAAAAAAUUCACAAAAAUUAAAUUUGGCAGCCCAUUAAAAUGGCCCGACCACUCCUUGUGUUCAUAAA